GGAGUAUAAUAAUACUGGGAAGACAGGAACAGGCUCAGAAAGAAAGAGAACGAGAGAGCGAGAGACAGACAGAGAAAGAAAGACAGAGAGAGAAAGACGGUGAGAAAGAGAGAGAGACAGAGAGAGAAAGAGAGAGAGAGAGAGAGAAAUGGACGGAGAGUGCAACACACGAGGGGUCAGGAGGAGAUGAAUAGAUCUACCCAACGGACCCAUGGACCUUUUUGACCUCUCACCCCUGCAGCGAUUGGCUCUCCUGGUGUUGUGGCAGGGCCUGGCGUUGGGACUGAACUGCUCUGCCUUGUGGUACCAAGUGGAGCGGAGAGACGGGGACAGGGCUGUGACCUGGAUCCAGGCCAGGCGGUUCUGUCAGAGGCACUACAUUGACCUGGCUGUCCUAAGCACCCAGGACCAGUACCAGUUUCUUCUGCAGACCAUGGCUGGUGACAGGGAAACCUUCUGGUUGGGUCUGCAGCCCCACACUGCCCCUGGUGGCUGGGGGUGGAAGUGGGUGGAUGGCCAGGGGCUAAGCUACGAUCGCUGGUACAUAAAGAAUCCUGGACCUGGACUCUGUGGUUGUCUGGAGACCAGCCUCAAAGGGGAGAAUAAACUGCUGUCGAGAUCCUGUGGCGAGACCGCGGAACGACAUGGUUUCAUCUGCCAAGGCGCUGUACCCCCUGAGCGGCUAAAGGCGGAGUCUGAAGGCACUGAUCAUGUGAUUGUGCAUUGGGACACGCCCCCUCUGAUGCAGACAGCUGAUCAUAGCUACAGAAUCACCACAUGUAGCUUCCAGCAUCACCCUCAUCUUUCUCUCCUCCACCCUUCUCUCCCUCCUCGCCACACCCCUCCUCUUUUCCUCUGUCCUUCCCACCACGCCCCUCACCCUACCACCUCGUGUUGCCUCCUCCACCUCCCCUGCUCCAACAGCUCCACCUCCCACUCAAUCCGGAUCUCUGGCCUAACCCCGGGAACCCAGUACACCGUCAGUGUUGCCACAGUGAUCACGCGCCCAGAUCCUGUCACCGGCGACAACGUCACCACCGACAGUGACCCGGUCACGGUGACCAUCACAACAAUAGGGGGCGAUGGUGGGCAGCAGGUGGUUGCCAUGGUACUGAGUGUGGUUAAGUUCAUCUAUUUGGCUGUCUUGCUCUGCGUACUUUACCUCAUCCUGAAGAGAAAUGCUGUCCAGGCUCCUGAACCUGAUCUGGAAUCAGAAGAACUCCCUACUGAAGAAGAAUACAUUUUAGACAUGGUUAAAACUGGUCCUAGAUCAGUUGAAUUCCCUAAUGAAGAAUGCAUUGUUGAGCUACCACCUGAAGAAUAAUGCGUUGUCUUACUAGAACUGGUCCUAGAUCAGUGGCGCCCCCUUCUGGAGAAUGCAUUGUUGAGCUGCCACCUGACUAGAACUGGUCCUAGAUCAGAAAACAGCAGCUCUACCUGCCAAAUCUACCAGCUUUUGUUGAUAGUACAAAGUUUAAUGGAGAAUAUGAAUACAAGCUGCAGACAGUAUGUGUUAUUAGUCUUGAUACAUACUUAUAAGCAAAAUAGUUUAAUCUGAACAAGAUAUACCUGUUUAAGUAUAAGUUUUAGAAAAAUAUCGAUACACACUUAAGUGCAAAGUAGAUUUUUAUUAUCGACUAGGAAUUCAUGAGAAGGAUUGAGAAUGAGUUAAGCUGCCUCUUUAAUAAACAGGUUAGAAAAAUUGGUAUUUUGACCUCAAUAUGCCAUUUCGAAAAUUAUUUUAUUUAUUUAUUUAACUUUUUACAACACAUUGUCAGUAGUCAUGAUUUUCAUGCUGGGCAUGGAAACAUGUUUCCUCCUUAUGCAUAUAGAUAGGAGAAAUGUACAUUAGUUGUAUGUCAUAAAGUAUGCAUAUUACAAGCACGAAAUAUAGCCUUAGUUCCCAAAUGGCACCCUAUUCCCUACAUAGUGCACUACUUUAUACCAGAGCCUUAUGGCACCCUAUUCCCUAUAUAGUGCCCUACGUAGCAAAAAGGGUGCCAUUUGAGAUGCAAACAAAGGGAAAUAACAAGUGAAAUGUGAAAAGCCCAUGAAAAUGAUUUCGCAUUUGUCUUUAUGAUUUAGCUUUCUGUCUGAAUUGUUUAGCUUUUUGUACAAAUUAUUUAGCUUUUUGUACAAAUUAUUUAGCUUUUUGUACAAAUAAUUUAGCUUUUUCUUCAAAUUAUUUAGCUUUUUGUACAAAUUAUUUAGCUUUUUGUACAAAUCAUUUAGCUUUUUGUUCAAAUUAUUUAGCUUUUUGUACAAAUUAUUUAGCUUUUUGUACAAAUUAUUUAGCUUUUUGUAGACAUUAUUUAGCUUUUUGUACAAAUUAUUUAGCUUUUUCUUCAAAUGAUUUAGCUUUUUGUACAAAUUAUUUAGCUUUUUGUACAAAUUAUUUAGCUUUUUGUACAAAUUAUUUAGCUUUUUGAACGAUUGACUUUAUUGUUGACAUGUUGUCUCUACUAUUGGUGAAAAGGUUAUCUUCAACAGACCGUAUGAGUGGCCUAACAGCCUAACAGUGUGACAGGGUACUUCUAUAUUAGAAAUUUAACAGUAAAGUAACUUUUUGUGUUCUGGAAGUGACUGAGUUUCAUUUGUACUGCUCAAAUACUACUUUAGUCAAUAAAUAAACUCUUGUUUAUCGCA